CCUUGAGGAAAAGGAGGAUGUAAAGUUUCGUCAUUAGGAGAUGGAAUGGAUUGGCUAACUGUCUCAUUACAUAAUUGAGAUCGCCCCGCCUCAGAUUUACUUGUGGUUGCAUCGGGCGGAUUUCUGACAGUUGAAUAGAGGGUUGCAAGUGAAACAGUUGUAAUAGAAUUGUUGAUUGGUGUUGUGCAAUAACUGUUUCAUAAGAGACGUGAUAAUGACGCGGGUGACACUGUCCGCAAUGGCUCCAACAGAAGUACUGGAUAGCAACUCGAGUCGCAUGUCCCCAGUCAAUCGGCUGAAAUGGGACCUGACACCAGAACAGAUUAUCAACUUAACAGAAGAACUGAUUCAAAAAACAAAGCAAGGCUAUGACAAAGUGGGUUCCAUUAAGCUUAAUGAUGUCACAUAUGAAAAUACUCUAAAGGUACUAGCUGAUGUUGAAGUUGAAUAUACAGUGUUUAGGAACAUGCUGGAUUUCCCUCAGCAUGUAUCUCCUUGUAAAGAUGUGCGAAAUGCAAGUACAGAGGCGGAUAAGAAGCUUUCGGAGUUUGAUGUGGAGAUGAGUAUGAGAGAAGAUGUCUACAAACGAAUUGUGGCUCUUCAAGCAAAGGUGCAGGCAGAUGUCCUCCGUCCAGAAGCAAGGCGAUACAUGGAAAGGCUAAUCAAGCUGGGAAAGAGGAAUGGCCUCCACCUGCCUAGGGAGACUCAAGAGAAAAUCAAGAAUCUAAAGAAAAGAAUAAGCACCCUGUCUAUAGACUUCAACAAAAACUUGAAUGAGGAAACCACCUUCUUACCAUUCACAAAAGAAGAGUUGGGAGGACUUCCUGAUGACUUCUUGAACUCUCUGGAGAAGACAGAGGAUGGAAAGUUAAAGGUUACCUUGAAGUACCCCCAUUACUUCCCUUUAAUGAAGAAGUGUCACAUCCCAGAGACAAGAAGGAAGAUGGAAGCUGCUUUUAACUGUAGAUGCAAGGGGGAAAAUUCUUUGAUACUUGAAGAACUGGUGCAGCUACGAGCAGAGAAAUGCAAGCUACUUGAAUUCAACACACAUGCAGACUAUGUCUUAGAAAUGAACAUGGUAAAAACUGCAGACAGAGUCAGGAAGUUUCUAGAUGAACUGGCAGAAAAGUUGAAGCCCUUGGGAGAAGAGGAAAGGACAUAUAUUAUGAAUCUAAAGAAGAGAGAAUGUGAGAAACGAAAUCUUGAAUUUGAUGAGAACAUUAAUGCCUGGGACUUGCGUUUCUACAUGAAUCAAGUGGAAGAGACACAGUACUGUGUGGACCAGAACCAGCUGAAAGAGUAUUUUCCAAUGGAAACAGUGACAUCUGGUUUGCUUGAUAUCUAUCAGGAGCUUUUGGCCUUGACUUUUGAACAGGAGGAGAAUGCACAAGUCUGGCAUGAAGAUGUAAAAGUAUACUCUGUAAAGGAUGCUGCAUCUGGUGAAAUUAUUGGCAAGUUUUAUUUAGACUUGUAUCCAAGGGAAGGAAAGUAUGGGCAUGCAGCUUGCUUCGGACUGCAGCCUGGCUGCUUACUUCCAGAUGGCACCCGACAGAUUGGUGUGGCUGCUAUGGUGGCCAAUUUCACAAAGCCAACACCUGAGGCCCCUUCUUUGCUGCAGCAUGAUGAAGUGGAGACAUACUUCCAUGAGUUUGGGCAUGUGAUGCAUCAGCUCUGCUCUAAGGUUGAGUUUGCAAUGUUCAGUGGGACACAUGUUGAGAGAGAUUUUGUUGAAGCACCGUCACAAAUGCUGGAGAACUGGGUGUGGCAGAAAGAACCCCUUUUAAGGAUGUCAAAACACUACAAAUCAGGGUGUCCAAUUCCUGAUGAACUUCUGGAAAACUUGAUAAAAUCCAGAUUGGCUAACACUGGUCUCUUAAAUCUUCGCCAGAUUGUUUUAGCAAAAGUUGAUCAAGAGUUGCAUACAAAAACAGGCGCUGACCCUGUAGAGGAAUAUGCAAAGUUAUGCCAGGAAAUAUUGGGUGUACCAGCUUCCCCAGGAACUAAUAUGCCUGCAACAUUUGGUCAUUUGGCUGGGGGCUAUGAUGCCCAGUACUAUGGCUAUCUUUGGAGUGAAGUGUUCUCAAUGGAUAUGUUCUUUACACGAUUCAGACUAGAAGGCAUCAUGAACCCAAAGGUUGGGAUGGACUAUCGAAACCAUAUUCUGCAGCCAGGAGGUUCACAGGAUGCUGCUGAUAUGCUGAAAGCUUUCUUGGGACGUGAACCAAAUCAAGAGGCCUUCCUUCAGAGCAAAGGACUGACUGUAACUUCUAGAAAGACCCCUUCAGCCUGCUGAAAGAUAACUUUUCGACAGUAGUUUUCUUGUGUAGCCCAUUCAUUCAACUUCAUUGAAGCACUGAAAUUAUUGUUUACUGUUGUGUGGGGAUCACUGACUGCUAGGUAUUAACCUGAUUGAUUGCAGUGGGUAUAAAUGAGCUUUUAAAACAAACAAAAGUAACAAGUGUUUGGUGAUUUGUAUUGUUGCACAGGAGCGUUGAUACGUUUUUCUGUGUGUGAAGUGUCCAUGAAUAGUCUUUCUUGGGUUAAUGAAUUCUUCUCUUUGAGUAAUACAGUACAUGGCUAAUGUUUGGCAUGUACACUAGUAGGGAAAAAUGGAAUUGUACUUCAGAGCCAGGGAUGUAAUAUAUAGUGAACAAAGUGAUUUAUCAGUGUCAGAAGGUGAAGCAUUUGGGUGUAUGUGUGAUUCUAGUUUUCACCAGCACUUUCUCUUAAGGGUCCUUCUAGAGGACCUCUGAAACUGUUUGAAAUAACCUGUAAGGUAAUUGUGUCUACAUCUGCCUGUGGAUUUAGUGUCUUUGGCUUUUCAGUUACUGGGUCCUACAUACCCUUGUACCUCACCAGUGUCUGUUGCAUAAAUGUGCAAUGUAAACUGGUUUGUUAAGAAGCGGUCUUUUGGGCUAGUAAAGAGAGGGUAACAAAGUUUUUUCUUUGAUACAUUCAUAUUUUUUUUUGUGACUGUAGUAUGACUUUUAAAAGCUAAUACAUGUAAAUGUGUAUCACUUUCCCAAAUCUUAAACUUCUUAGCUUAAGUUUAUGUAUGCUACUGUUAACUAGCCCUGCAGUCUAUCUUGAUGUUCUUUGUGUUUCACUGUUGCAGUCUUUACAUUUGGGUUAUCCCUGCCAGGGUAGCCCUCAGCUGGCUCGAAUACCAGAGGCUUAGUAUUUCUGCGUCACUUUCUUGCCAUGGAGCCCAAAGCAGAAGCAGUUCGCACGAGUGUCAGUCAGCUGCUACCCGAGUUUCGUCUACAGAAUUGAAGCUGAAGUCUUCUAAAGCUAAGAACCCCAUUGGGGAUCCUUUUUUUUUUUUUUGCACAAACUGAUG